UCCAGCCCAGCGGGCAGCUUGACGGGCCUCGGACAGGGGGAGGUGGCGCUGUGAAGUACAGUUUACCAUCUUAAAGUCAGCGAUUUAGUAGCGUGUGGCGUUUACGGAGUUGUCCACCACCGUGCUCGAUUAUAGAAUAUUCCAUCUCCCCCAAAAGAAGCCCUGGGCCCCAUCAGCAUUUAUCUCCAGCCCCUGGCACCAUGAACCCCACUUCUGUCUCUCUGGACGUUUCUCGUCAGUGGACUCGCACCGCGUGGCCUCGUGUGUCUGGCUUCUCUCCCCGAGUGGCGUGUUCGGGCCCCUCCCCUCGGUGGCCUGUGCGCCCCCUCCUUUUCAUGACUGAGUCAUACUCCAGUGUGUGGCGGCCGAGCCGAUGCGUGUCCAACCAUCGAUGGGCUGUUCUCUGUUGUGAAUCAUGCUGCUGUGAAUAUUCUCGUACACGUUUUGCUCUGGAUGUGUUUUGGAAACGGAAAUGAAGGGCUGGCUGGGGGAGUGAGAAGGGAGGAGUUGGGGCUUGGAGGCUCCCAGCUAGAAGGCCUGCAAGGGUGGAGCUGAGGAGACCCCUCUGUGGGGAUGUGGGGAGAGGCCCCUGGUCAGUGUGUGAGGUGCAGGGGUUCAGCGGCUCCCCACCAAGGCGUGUCUCCACCCCCAGCAGCCCCUGUGCCCUUAUCCUAGCUCCUCAGCUGGGGAAAGGAGGGAGUGGCCUGGAUGGCCAGCCUGGCCCGCCGUUGCCAGGACACCCUGGGUGGCCUUUGUCCAGUCAACAAUGCUCCCACAUGCCUUCUCAGCGGGAGCGCCAAGGGACCCAGAGGCAGACAUGCAGACCCUGAGGCGGGAGGCCACCAGGCCCUACAUCCCCCGGCGGACCCUGGAAGUGGACUUCCCGGCAUCUCUGUACAGCGAUGACUAUCUGUCCCUGGAGGGACCCCGCUGGACGCCGGCCAUCAAGCAGGCAACAUGUUGGAAGUACACGCCCAUGGGAAGAGACGCAGCCGGUCAGCACUGGUACACUGGCCUGACUAACUCGGACUCCCGAGAAGCCUGGUACACGCUCCCUCGGGCCCUGGACAGCCCCCACCGAGAGGCUUACACCCGCUGGCACGGCUGCCAUGGCCACCGGGAGCACAGCAUGCCCUCGGCCUACACCCAGCGCCUGCGGGAGACAUCCUGGUACGACCCCGUGAUCCCGGCCCAGUACAAGGACCCCAGCACUCGGUGGGGGAGCAUGCUGUGGACAGACAGGCCCAUCCGGGGCAAGGAAUACGUGCUCAACAGGAACCGAUACGGGGUGGAGCCGCCGUGGCGGGUGUCUGACUACGUGCCCUACCUGUCGGCGCCCCAGCGCCCCCACUACACCACCCAGAACUACCGGCAGUGGGACCUGGAACCCUACUGUCCCUCUACCAAGCAGCGGCCCCCACCCGUCUACACGCCCACUCACUGAUAAAGACCAUGCUGCCAGCCUGCGGCUCUCUGCUUGGCGCGGGGAAGACCGGGGAACGUGGCCCUCGCCCCACUGUCCCCUUCCAGGGCCCCAGGCAGACAGCCGAGGCGCAGUCCUCACCCACGGGUGACUUUAUUUAUGGUCAGCGGCACUCCCUGCAGCUGAGGCCUGGGCCAGUCCCCAGCGCCGAGUCCUGGAAGGCUCAGUGCUGACGCCAUCCUCCAGGGGCCUGAGCGUCUGCCCCCGCAUUCCGGAGUGCAGCCCAGAUCAUCCAGAGAGCUGGGCUGGAGUGGUUGGGAGCGGGGCGACUCCCAAGCCUGCCAGACCCCAUGGGCCCUGGAUACCAGAAGGUCCAGCUAGGUGUCCCCACUGGGUCCUGCCCAUCCUGUCCGGCCUUUCCCACCAGUCCUGCAUCCAGGCAGGGGUGGGGGCCGAGGAUCUGAGAAGUGGGGUUGGGCUGCUCUGGAAGCCUCUGCUGAGCAUCCCAUGUGUGCACAGCUGCGGUUUGCCUGCAGCGGGCAGGAGGCCUAGGGGAGUCAGGGUUGAGCUCCAGGCUCCCCUGCAAGAGAAGGGGGGAGAGGGGUUAGUGAGCCGUAGGACGAGCCCCUCCCUGUCUCGGCCCUCCCACCCAUGGCUGGUUUGGGAUUUUAUGGGGGAGUCAACAACUCACAGCUCCGAAGGCGGAUGGGCCAAACAAGCAGACUGCACAGAGUGAAGGUGGCGGCCACGCCCACACCACCGGUCACGGCCACCAUGACCCAGUGGUAGAAGCCCACGCAGGCCCUGCAGCAGAGCUCCGAGCUGGGGGGAGGCAGAGUGUGUGAGCAGAACCUGGAGACUCCCUCCAACCCCACCUGGGCCUCCCACCUCAGACGAGGGCAGCUUUUCUGGGCACUCAGGCCCGAAGCUGGGGGUCACCCUGGACCCAGUCUCCUGCCGCUCUGACACACCAUCCAGUACUGUUGACUCUGCCUUCAAAAUCUUUCCAGAAGCCACUCAUUUCUGCCCCUCCUCAGCCCCCAUCAGGUCCACCCCAUUGUUACCAGCCUGGAUCGAUGCAGUCCGCAACUCCACCCUCACUCCACAUAAUCCGUCCUCCCUGAAGCAGCCCAGGAGGUGCCCAUGAGCACCCAAGUCAGGUCCCGCCCCUUUGCCAACCGCUGGGAGGGAGGGUAAAGGCAGAACCCAAGAUGCCCGUGGCCCAGGAGGACCUGCACAACCUGCACCACCCCUCCCACUGCGCCAAUCACGUGGGUCUCCUGGCUGCCUCCAACGUGCCAGCCCAGUCCUACCCCGGGGCCUUUGCAUGCAUUGUGUCCAUUUGCCUAGAACUGCCAGGCCUCCGGUCCUAGACCACCUCCUCAAGGAAGCCCUCCUGACAACCUGCACCAGUCAGACCUCUGUAAACAACCCCUCACCACUGGAUAACAUAUUUAUUUGUGCAAUUAUUAAUGUGGCUGGCAUCACCCCAGCUCUGUGAGGACAGGGGACCAGGCCAACUUUGGUUCCCAGAUCCUGAGCUUCUAUAAGGCACAAAACUCAAUGGUCUCGCACCAUCUGGAUCUGGAACCCUCAUUUCUAAAGGUCUGAGUCUCCCUCUCUGGUAUCCCGCACCCACUCCCCUCACAUUCCCCCUGAUGUUUGUGCUGCGUCCUCAAUGCCCAGGACAACAUUCAGCAUUUGUUGAAUGAAUAAACAAAGUGCCCAAGGUAAGGAACAACCAAGCCUCCCAGCCUGUGCCCCCCACCCGGGUGGGGUCUUUCUCCACACUGAGUCCUCAGACUUGGAGUAGGGCCUGCACACAGCACACGCCCAGCAGGCUCUUCCUAACGAGGGAGCGAAUGAGUGGGCGGUGGCACUCACGUGCAGGGGUGCAGGCUCUGGAUGACCAUGACUGCCAGCCCGUUGGCUACCUUAUCCGAGAAGCUCAUGGCGCCAUACACGAAGGCUCCGCUGUGCUGGGGGGAUGCAGGCGAGGGAGGUCAGUGCCCACAGUCCCAGCUCUGGUCCCAGCCCCAGCUGGCCCUGCCCACCAGCCCUACCGUGUGGGAGCCAAUGAGGUCGGCUGUCAUGGCCAGUGAAGUGACAAGGAUGGUGGCACAACCGGUGCCCAGCAGUACGGCUACCGCAUACACAGCCACGCCCAGCUCAUCUGCCAGCGCCACCCAAGCUGCAAAGGCCAGGAUCACCAGGAGGCCCGAAAAGUAGGUCAUCUGUGGAGGAGGCCAGCCUGGCGUCAGGCUCACUUCGGGGUACCUGCCUCUCUGCUCUUCAGUCUGCCUUACACACCCCCACCCCUCCGCCAGCAAAGGAGGGGUCAAGUUGGACUGUCCAAUUCUGACCUCAGGGAAUUCGUAGACCCUGAGGCUGCACUGCUGAUGCCUGGGAGCUGGGCAGCCUGAUGCUGCUGCUGCCGCCAGACUGUGGCUGUUUACGUCUAAAUGUGAACCGUUUAAAAUUAAAAUGAAGGAUUCAGGUCCUAGGUCAUGUAACGUACGUUUCAAGCACUCAAUGGCCACACCUUGCUACCACACUGGACACACAAAGUUCUAGAGUUCCUCAGCCCUAGUUCUCAGUCUUGAGUACCUGAGAUGCUCAGAAUCUAGGAUUCUAGAAUUACUGGUUUCCAGACCCAGGGAUCAACAAGGUGCAGAUGAAUAUUGUGGCCUGUACUCAUCCAAGUGCUAGAGGUCUGAGCUCACAGCUGAGGCCCCGCACCUCCACCCAGCCCCCACCGGCAGCCACGCCCACUCACAUUCCUCCCGAUGCACUUAUUGACCGGCUUCAUGAGGAAGGAGGAGAAGAAGCCGCUGAGGUACAUCACUAGUGGGAUGGUGGCAAUGAAUUUCUGCAGGGGCAGAGUUAGGUAUGUGCAUUAUACAGGUGCGGCUCCACGCUGGGCCUCCCCCCACCCCCACUGCCGCCGCUGCCCCCUGCCAGCUCACCUUGGGCAGUUUGAGGGAGUAGGUGAGGUACAUGGCCAUGUACGUCUGGGACAGGUUCACAAUGAGCCUGGUGCUCAUGUACAGCAAGCCCACCUGUGGACAGACCACCGGGAGUCAGCGGCGCUUCCCUCCCACCCGCAGGGGCGCGGGGGCCCUAGGGGAGCACCCACGGCUGGCACGCAAUGCACUAGCGGUGGCUGCCAAUGGAAGUGCAGUGGGUUGGCAUGGAGAAGCUACUGUGUUUCCUCCUGCAUUUGCCAUCCCUGCCUGCUGCAGGGCAGUACGGGGCUUGAAGGGCAAGGGGCAUCAACUCUAGGCCCCUCCACCAACCCUCCCCACCAUGACAUACCUGGUAAAAGGCUGGUUCCCGAAGCCAGUGGUUCCACAGCAGCAAGGGCCUGGCAGUAGCGGGGGCCAGCAGGGGGGUGUGUUCAUCUGGCUCCGCCACCUGGGGCCGGCGCCCCUCCCUGGUGCCCAGGUGAAACAGUAGGGAGAAGACUGCUCCCACGCCCACCACCAACAGGGAGAGGUUCUGGGGAACAGCAGGAGAGGGAUCAGCGGCAGUUCUCAUGACCUGAACCCCAGGUUCAGGGCCUUUGGGGUGUCCCACCAGCCAGCAGCGGCCUUGGCCCACCCUGGGGCCCAGCUCACCCGGAACACCGGCACAUCUUGGACCCCCAGCUGGUCACUGAUGUCCUCGGCAGGCCCCACGUGUGUGGAGCCCUGCAGGUGCAGCAGGAGCCAGGCAGCACCAUAGACAGUGAUGUUGGCAACCACGGUGAAGGCAUACCUGGCGCGGCAGGAAAGCCCUCAGUUUAGGCAGUAACCACACGGCCACUUCCUCCCCAGGUCGGAGCUGUUUGUGGUGUCUGGGGGAUCUCUGGCUGAUGGGUGAUUUCAGCCACUAACACAUCAGGAGGCCCCAGGGAAGCCCUGCUGGCCUCAGUUUCCCCCAACCAGCUAGCUGAUGAUUACAGCUGUGACCCACAAUGCGACUGGGAUAUCGCAGCUGCAGGAACCGGGGUACAGACUCUCCAAACUGGGGCUAAGGCAGGGCUGCAAACCCCAAGUCUGAGAACCUGAGAUGCUCAGAAGCCAGGAUUCUGCCACCAAGGAAUUCUUGGUUUCCAUAUCCUGGGCUUCAACAGGGCAAGGGCUCCAUGGUCUAGAAUCAUCUGCAGCCCGGAAUCAUGACCCUCUAGGGGCUUGGCCAGAAUGGGUACGCGUGUGCGUGUGCGUAUGAGUGGAUCUCACCAGGGCUGUUUCUGAAAGUGGUAACAAGCCCACCCACAGCGCUCAGAGAGGACCUGAAGCUGGCAGGAAGUGCCCGCAGGUGGAAAAUGUGCCCUCAGUCUGACCAGCUGGGCCCCAUCCACUGGGCCCCUGGGAGGCCCAGGCAUUGGGUAACCCCAUCGUU